AUGAAUAUGCAACUCACCAUUCCCGCCGCCGCCGCCGCUGCCGCCGCCGCCAACGCCGCCGCCGCUGCCGCCGCCGCUAACGCCGCUGCCGCCAUGUCGCCGCUCGCCCGCUCGCUGCUCGCACUCGCCACGCUACUCGCGGCGUCGGACGCUAAAAUCACCAUCGUCGAUAUAGGACUGGGAGUAAAAUGUGUUAAGUUUAUUAUGGACGUUGCUCCUAGACCAGGGCCCUACCUAACUACGAGGCAUGGUUCUAAGUUUACGCUGAUGUCACAGGGCCAUAGGCAACCGCUGACAAUCAUUCCCAAUAAAUGCGCGCUGUUCAACGAAGAAGUAUCCAGACAGACGGUAGAGGUGUGCAAUGAGUUCCCUACUCCCUACGGGCCAGAACCAUUGCCACCAACGGUCCAUGCGCUGGCUGACAACUUGAUAUCACCUAUUUUCGCGUCUUGUGGAGACGACAAUGAAUGUGGGCCUCUGCUUUGGAAGAUUGAGCAGGAGUGCAGGGCCCCUGUGCAGGGAGCACUUAUAGCAAGUCUCAAAUAGAUCACUAAUAGUCGAUAGAGGUUUUGUGACAACGCGCUUCUAGCAUAAAAUCUAAUGCAAUCGUACACUGUAGAAUGAAAAACUAAACUAUAAAGUCCUUUAACAACAAUAGUCUAUGCACUCGCUGACAACUUGCUAGGUAUCUUCUCUUAUGAAGACAUGUGACAAUGUGGGCCGCUGAUUUUGAAAAUUUAGCAGGAGUGUAGCAUUUUCACUGCAAUAUGUCACAUGUUAGAGAAAGACAUCAGUAGUUGCUGGCCACACAUUGUAAUUACGUUUAACCUCAACAUGACAAGAUUCAAAUAUCACUCUGAUGGCAGUGUACCUUCCCUUAAAAAGUGAAAGUUUUGUAAUUAACUUGUGCUGUGUUUAAUAUAAGUUUCGUUUUUAUUUUUAGUACUUA